AUGCUUUUGGUUCUUUCCCUGGUCACUGGGCUUGCCCUGUCUGCCUCUGAUGUCACGACAGACAAAGAAACUGAUCCAAGCAAAGAGUCAUUUCACGACAUAGAGAAAAAAGUGAACGACCUCUGGCAGAAUUUGCUCUACCCGGUAUUGCCUGGUAAUGAGACUGAUGGGAUGAUUUACGCCACUUGUGAAAUGAAGCCCAGCUCCAAAAUAGAUGCUGACAAGCCACAAGUGACUGGACGAGUCUUGUUCAGACAGUGUUACUCACAUGGAAGAUUAGAAGCCAUUUUUUACUUGGAUGGGUUUCCAUUGGAUGAUAAUCAAUCUGGAAGAGCUAUACACAUCCACGAGCUUGGGGACCUCAGCAACGGCUGUGAUUCUACAGGAGGACACUAUAACCCUUUCAGCGUGAAUCACCCCCGUCACCCAGGGGAUUUCGGCAACUUUUUUCCUAAAGAAGGCAAAAUCAGGAAAUACAAAACAAAUCUCUCUGCCUCUAUGUUUGGUCCAUAUUCCGUCAUGGGCAGAUCCGUUGUGAUCCACGAGCAGGAAGAUGACAUGGGCAAGGGCAACAAUAAGGCCAGUUUGGAAAAUGGAAAUGCUGGGAAACGUCUUGCUUGCUGUGUGAUCGGGAUAUGCAAAAAGAACUUGUGGGAAGAGAAACUGUCUGAGGUUACAGACAAGAAGAAGAGAGGGCUCAACAGACGAACAUAG